UUAUUUUAGCUAAUAAUAAAUGGGGGCAAAGACUUCCUGAUUCGCCCUGGUAUGUUGAACACUGCUAAAACAUGGCGACUUGUUUUCCGAUUCCACGAUUAUGACUUCACAUGGACAUUCGUUGAACAGCGCAGCUUCUGAGAGUAUGCCGCAGGGCUGCACAAACCGAUUUUAACCUUCCACGUUCGCAAGGCACCAGUGAACAUGCGCCUUAAGAACGAGCCAGUUCAUUAUUUAUCGUUAAUCACACGACGAGACGACUCAGCCAUGGCAAGAUAUUUUUCUUUAGGCGUUCCGAGUCACGCGAUAAGCGUGCGCCGGGUAAAAGCGUCGUCGCUGGCAAAAUCGAUGAACCAAGUAGGCGCUUCCUAAAAACUGAAAAAAAAACGAUGCUAGCGCCACAACUGAUUUCGUUACAGCAACCACGUGAUCAAAAAAAAACAGCCAGCAGUCAUUUUUUUUCACAAUCUUUCAAGACGGGAGGCAAGGUGCUUCUACGCCUAACCUGUUACGGGCUUAAGCUGAUGGAAGAGUCGCCAGCAAACAAUAUCGUUCCUCCGUCGCAGAGUGGCCGAAAAAUGGGGCAAGCCCUGACGCUCUCUCCUACAGAUGACACAUCAACCACCUCUGCCUCGGCAAAGCAUGAGCACCUGGAAACACCGCAAGCUGAAAGAGGAAGCACGGAAUCGACUCCAGAGGAACAAGCCCAGCAACAUUAUGGGAUCGACAACGUGAAUUCCACUGCAAAUGCAAUUCACUGCCCAGGGCGGCAGACUUCAGUGAGAAACCCUGCUCCUCCUGACAUGCACCCUGCGGAAAAGCGAAGGAGUAGCGACAGUUUCAAAGGUGAUUUGCCAACUAUCCUGGUCAGCGAUUUGACCCGCACUCAAGGCCAUCUUAACAAAGCAAAACGUAAGAGCAGCGCCCAUACUCGUAGCGAUGCUAAAGCGGCUCCCUUAAAUUCUGGUGGUGGCUCCUCCGGAAAAGCGGGCAUGGGCUCUAGAAGCCCAAAAACCGCGUCCAGAAAAGAAAAACAGCCAGGCAGCAAGGAAUCGGACCACGCACGCCGACAAGCGCCGAAAGGUGAACACAGCCGCCAUAAAUCGCCCCUUGCCCAACAAGGACGCCCUUACGGUGAACCCAAGGGUGCGGCGGUCACCAUUAGCGGAAGCCGGCGACAAGCCUCAACGAACGAGCCUUCGCAUUCCGACGUAGGUUACGGCAAGUGCAAAGACGGUUCGCCCGGCUUCGGCAAGAGCAGAUCAACCCGCAAGGAAGGCAGUGGCAGCGGGGUAAGACGCAAAAACAGCACGGUUACAGCAACGACCCAUGACACUGGCAACAAUUUUCUUAAAAUCGGGGCUGACACAUCCGGAACAGUAGCGACCACGUUUCUCAGCGUGCCGAAAAAGUCCCGACGACACAGCUUUCCAGGCAGAACCGAAGAAGUUGAACGUGCGGACGACCGCACAAAGAGGGCCGCAAGGCCUGUAGCGGAAGGUAAUUUAUCCUGCCCUACUGAAUUUCUCCUUCUUGCUAAAUCCAUUGGAGACGAGAGUAGUGAGAAAACCCUUCCAGAGCAAAGAACUGAGACGGGUAUUGGCAUUUCCUCGAUGCGACCGGUAGGAAAGACCUGCUCGUCUAGCCCGGGAAAAGGUGCGGAUGGCUCAAAAGCUACACCGAGGACCUCACCGCGAGGAAAAAUAUCUGGCAGCACCCCCCCGGCUUUCUUGGCUGCAGUACAUUCACGCGUGAGCAAAAAGAAGCCAUCCGGAAGGCAAGAACCGCGACGCACUGCAUCGUUUUCGCCGAGAAAAUCAAAGACCAGUGUGAUCUCAUCAUGCGCUGAACUCUGCGCGGUUGGCUCUCAACCUAGAGAAAGGCAAUCUAAAAGCGGUGCUUCACCUUGCUUUAAACUCCCUUGCUCGUUUGUUACAGCAGCGGGCGAUGAGAAAGCCCAGAAACCUGCUGGAAGUCAAGAAAUUGCACACGCCGACAGAAUUUCGUCGAGCGCCUCAGCGGUAGCUGCAAAACCAUUAAGUUCUCCUGGUGAAAAGGACAGUUCACGAACUACAGCAACGCCACUUGCGGAGGCAAAUGUGACGCCCGGCUCGCACCUUUCGUCCCUGACUGCCGUGUCAGCUGAAGGCGCUCACGCGAAGAAUUUUAUGAGCGCGGUAGAAUUAGGACACGCUGCAGAGAUUUCCUCGAACCUAACAGCGACAAGUGCGCAUACACCUGGCGCGGAAGUGGGUGGGCCAGAAGUGGCAGGAGCGCCAGUCCACGACAAUUCCGCUGUCCGCAUCCGCCAUCCCUCGCAUUGUCAAACGCGUCAAAACGCGAACGCUGGAAAAUUCGCUGAAAGACAGGAAAGUGGCUACGAUGGAAGCAUUUUGUCGGCGCAGUCAGAGGCAGCUACGUCAUCUUCCACAAAGAACGUGGCCGGCAGCUCGCGUAGUAGUGUAAUAACAAGACGCGAACUGGUGGGGUCUGGCCAAGCCCUGGUUUCUUUACCUACUGGAAACAUUGAAGUCAUAAAUAGCGAAAAUUCAAGUCUGUUGAGCGCUGCCCAGGAAACCGCAUGCAUUCCGCCAGCACAAACAGGGGCAGCUACGGCUUCUUCCGACACAGAAUGCCAGUUUCCUGCGACGCAAGCUUCCACAAUGCUGCAAAAUGCUCAGUUGCUGCCGGUGCCCGCAAGUCCCUCCCAGCACGCGCCUGCUGAGAGCCAAUCGUCUGACCCUGGAAAAUCUGAUGCGGCUAAUGAAAGUGGCUACGGUAAAAGACUUUUGUCCGUGCAUGCAGAGGCAGCCACUUUAUCUUCCCCAGGAACCGUGGCGAAGAACUCAAAUAUUUCAGCAUCCGCACAAGAACUUCAUAAGUCAUACCCGUUCCUCGUUGACUUACUCACUGGAAAGACAAAAGCGGUGAAUGCCGAUAACUCAACUCGGACGAGCGGGUACAGGAACAACACCCAGGUUUUGCCAACACAUCCAAUUGCAGAUUCGUAUCACUGGCCCUCAGAAGACUUAACACAGGACUCUGAACCUCUUCAACAAGAGUAUGAGAGUCCACAACAGGCCUAUGCCAUUGUGCAAUCUGCUGUUGAUCAAUGGCUCUCUACAAGUACAGAUCAAGAUUCUGGUACUCCUCGAGAUGCUCGUGCAACUUUGCAGCAGCAUCAUUACGAGCACUCGAAGCAAAGCAGCAUGCAUCAGCCCACAGCAUCUGAAAGCGCGAUGGUGAUCACCCCCAACAUGCUGCUCACCAGCCCAGCAAAUCAGAGCUAUGAACACACGCCACCGCACCCAACGUAUCAACAGCUAAGUCUUAUGCCAUCGCAAGGAGCGGCAGCAUCACCUUCCGAUCAAGAAAUAAGGCGCACUAUCUAA